UCCCAAUCACCAAGGAGGACCCAAAAAUGAGCCAAGAGUCAGCGAUAGAAAGCUUCAAGAAAUUCCAACAGUCAUGGAUCGAGCAGUUACAACACAACCUGAACCACCUCCGCUCCGCCCAACACCACUACCGGAACUCCGUUACCGGCAGCGAGGUCCUGCUGAGAGAGGCGGUGGAGAGAGUGAUGGAACACUGUAGAGAGUACCACAGGGCGAAGUGUGCCACGACGGAGAAAGACGUGAUCGGAGUUAUGGCUGCUCCUUGGUCUUCGGCUCUUGAACGGUCGCUCCAUUGGGUUGGUGGUUGGCGACCAACCACCUUGUUUCACUUGGUUUACACCGAGUCUAGUAUUUUGUUCGAGUCUCGUAUCGUUGACAUCCUCCGUGGUUUUCGUACCGGUGAUCUCAGUGAUCUAUCUCCUUCUCAGUUCAGGGUUAAAUUUGUCAAAGGCAGGACGGUGAGCGAGCUACAAUGUGAGACGGUGAAGGAAGAGAAUGCGAUAACGGAAGAGUUAUCGGAAUGGCAAGACGACGCGAGCGAGCUCGUCAUGGGAACGACGUCUGAUGUCGACCAGAGGAUCCGACGGCUAGCAGAGAUCGUCCAUCGAGCCGAUGAUCUACGGCUCCAAACGAUCACAGGUGUGGUGGAGCUCCUUGGUCCGCUCCAACAAGCGGAGUUUAUAAUCGCUGCUGUCGAGCUUCGUGCCGGCGUUUCUGGUUGGGGUACUAGCCACGACCGUCGUCGAACUUCCGACAUCUAAAGCUUCUUAAAACGGUCUAGAUGCUAAUGGAGAAUUCUAUGUUUUUUACCAUGUUAUUUUAUUAUCCAAAUUGAGUUUGGUUUUUACAUGGUUACGAAAUUUUGAUUCAAAAUUCAUAUGUUAUGGAUGUCACAAAUAUAUUAAAUUUUGUUCGUGUUUGUUAAUUUUAUCUUUUUCAGUUGGUUGCACUUGCAGUUUUGAUGUAAAGCAAUCGC